GAGAUCUGGCAUCACACUCUGAUAUUCCUGGGGGUUCUCACAGCCAGGAUAUCAUCUGAUCCUGUCCCUGGGUGCUGACACCAUCAGAGACCAAACAGCCCUGGUUUCCUGAGAAACCUAGAACAUGGAGGUUGGACAUGGAAGUGAGGUCACAGAAGGGUCGAGUGGACAGAAGGAGGGGUUGGGGCACUGAGGACUGUACAGGGUUUUCCUAACAUCCAGCCAGCCCCUGCAAACACAAAACAGGGUUCUCCUGCUUGUAAGCAAUAUAAAUCAGGAACAUCAACCUUACAAAUAUAGCACCAUUCCUCUUGGAGGCUUUUAAAUUGCAGCUAAACAGCUGUGCUUUGUACGUAUGAAUGAGAAGAAAUGGUAGGGCCUAAGACGUGGCUGUAAACUCCUCAUUGAGGGAAGAGAAGAAGCAAAUAAACCUGCAGCUCGUUGGUAGUGACAAGAAAACAGCCAUGGACAAGGACUCUGAGAAGGACACAGAUCCAAGUGAAGAGAAGUCAGAUAUCAGUAAGCCUCUGGAGUCUCCGCCAUCUGAUGCCUCAGCAGAGAAGGCCACACAAGGCUCUGACACUGACCUAGAAGUUGAAGAUCCUGGGAAAGCCUUUGCAGGUGUUAUGGGUGCAGAGCUGUACCUGGAAGCAUGCAGGCUGAUGGAGGUGGUGCCUGUCUCAAACUUUGCUCAGAACUUGGCCAAGCCUUAUGUAAACCUGAACCACCAUGGUCUAGGACCCAAAGGUGUCAAAGCCAUUGCUAUUGCUCUAGUGUCCAAUGCAACUGUCACCCACUUAGAGCUGGAAGAUAACCACAUUCUGGCAGAAGGAGCCAUAUGCAUAGCAGAGAUGUUACGAGAGAAUUGCUCUCUUCGAGAACUGAACAUUUCCAAUAACCACCUAGACACAGAAGGGGCUGAAGCCAUUGCUGGUUUGCUUUUGGAAAACGCAUCCUAUCUCCAUACGCUUCACCUCUCAGGAAACAACUUUGGAGAGGAGGCUGCAUCAUGCCUUUCUGACGCAUUAGUGAGCAAUUACCAAGUGAAGAAGCUGGACCUCAGCCACAAUGAGUUCUCUGAGAAGGCAGGACAGCUCCUAGGACAGAUGCUCGCUGUCAAUACAACACUGGAGAUUCUGAACCUGAGCUGGAACCACCUGAGAAGGAAGGGGACAGUUGCAUUUGGCAUAGGUCUCAAGGGCAAUGCUGCACUGAAAAUACUCAACCUGUCUUGGAACAGCAUUGGGAAUGAGGGAGCACAGGCCCUAGCAGAAGCUCUCAAAGUUAACAAUGUGCUGAUUCACCUGGACAUCAGCAACAACCAGAUCAGCAAUGAGGGAGCCAAGAAGAUCUGCAAAGGCCUUGAAGUCAAUGGAACACUCAAAGUCCUGAAGAUGGCCAAUAAUCUCUUGACCGUGGAAGGUGCCACUGCGCUAGUGGGAUCUGUCAGGAAGAACCCUAGUUCCAUGAUGGAAGAGAUCAACAUCUCAAACGUCCUAGUGAAUGAAACUUUCCUCAAGUUGCUGGAGUUAGUGUGUCAAACACGUCCUGAACUAGAUGUCAUCUACGGUGAAGUUGAAGGGUGCAUCUCCAAAAUCCCCAAGCAGCAUCCAAAUCCUAUGAAAGUGAUUCAGAAAUAUUUGAAUGAGCACAACCUACGGCUCUGGGACUUUUUUAGGAAAAUUGACAAGGAUGGAAACAUGAAGAUCCCCGUGGCAGCCUUUCGGAGAGCCAUGAUGCAGCAAUCAAACAUCCAAUUGGAUCGAGUCCAAAUUGCGGAACUAGUGCGAAAACUAGACCAGAAUCAGACAGGGAUUGUAGACUACAGUCACCUGAAAGAGCAGAAGCCAGCACAGAAACCUGUGAAAGAGGAAAUGAAGGAGAAAGAGAUGUAAAAGUGAAGUGAGAAGGCAGGUCAGCCAGUGAAAUAUAGUAGGAGAAACACUGGAAGAAAGUUCAGAGCGGCCCCGGGCUUGGGGGGGAUCUGAGAGAAUUCAAGUUAUCGAAUGUAGAAAUAAAGCUGAUGUUCCCCUGCAAGGUAAGUCUGGUCAUUUCGGUCAAGAGCUGGAGCCAGUGACCAGAUCUAUCUCAUGACUACUCACUAGUCUAUAGACUUGUAUUGUACUCUCCAUCCUCCCUCACCUCCCCACCAUUUUUCUUUCUUCCAAGCUGAAACAUGCCAGCUAUUC